AUGAAAUUGAACGAUCUGCCGGAAGACCCAGUCAAUGGUCAAAUGGUGAUGUCUAAAGCGCAUACUUUUGAGCUCAAGAAUGGUCAGAAACUGCAAUUUGCCAGUCAAAAGACACUUGAAGCGUUCCUCAAGGACCCAAAACUGGGCUUGAAAGGCGUGAUGUCACUUCUAGCGACAUCUGAUCACCAUGACCAACAACAAGACAGUGUUCUAUGCCCAGUGUGUGGGAUGGAGUCGUCGAUUUCUAGUGAACCACACGUAGUGAUGAAGCAUGGAGAUCAGGCAGUGCAUACAUGCAGUAUCACACAUGCACGUGAAGUGUACACAGAUAUUUUAUCUUUCCAGUCAAGGAAGGAAGGUGUUCCUGUUAAGAAGACGCAAGGAUUUUGCUCUGGAUCUGGUACGACUAUGCUCAAUGGGUUUUCAGUCACUGAUAACUCGACGCCGUGUGUCAUGCUGUGGUUCCGUGGAUGGGUGCUGGAUACGCGUGUGCGCUACAUUUUUGGAGGAAUUCUUGUGGCACUUGUGGCGAUUUUCAACGAGUACUUGCUGGGUUUACGCCGUGUCCUGUGUAAGGAGAGCAGCGUCAUGCGCCUGCUGAGCAGCAAUGCACCACGUACUACGGAGAACGACCAUUUGCUGCGGCCGUCACCGCAGCAGAUGCCCCUCGUUGAUUCGUGUGGACCUAUUUGGUUCCGCAAACUGUCACAUGAGACGCAACACGGUGUUCACGCCUUGCUGCACGGUGUGACGCUCUUUGUCGCCUACAUGCUCAUGCUGGUGUCCAUGACGUAUGACUUCACGCUGUUGCUCUGGGUCGUUGGAGGCUAUGUGGUGGGACACUACAUUUUUGGCGAGCGCCGAGAGGCUCCUCUUUGCAGCGGAGAGAUGGAGUCCACUUUUCCAUGA